AUGACCGAGCACCUCCCUACGCUUCUCCAGCCAGAGCUCGAACCACCGCAGUAUACUCUUCCAACGACCUUCAGGAUUGGACAACAUAUUACGCGGCACCUCAUCUGCCCAGAUCAGCUCAAGGCCCAUCUUCAGCUUCUGGCGGCAUUCAGCCAUCUUAAGCAGCGGGUCGUUGCUAGCGAGAGCCUUACCGCGGGACUAGAGUUGGACAGCGAGAAACGUUGGGUAUGGUUCGUCAAUCUGGCCGUUGAACGCAGGUUUGAGAAGUGGUGUUUGAUAAUCAAGCAAACUGAUAUAAUGGAGCAACGUUUGCCUCCGAUUGAUGUGAUUAUGGUUUGGCACACCUAUCUCCUAAAUCCGAGGCAAGUAUCGAACCUUACGUUUUUCGGUCCCAUCCGUAGCUGGUAUGCGGAAGACACCACACGGAUCUCCAAGCUCAAGCCUCUUGCUCACUUCACUGAUCACUUUCCUCACCUUCUCGCUAACCCUGAUUUGUUAACUACUGACUCACCGCAACACGAGCGUGUUUCUGCAUGGGAGCGCAGUACUCAAUUACCCUAUGACCCAUUUGCAUCUGCUGCGGCUCUAAUGCACAAAUCUAUCGAGUGCCCUUACUGUCGUUGUACUAUUCUUUCACCGUUCUUGCAGCUCGAUGGAAAAGGAUACGCCCAGAGCAACUUUAGUAUCACGUGUCGAUGCUCUCGGCGGAUUACUAAAGAACAUCUCGGCCUUUACAAGUUAGUGAAGAAUAUAGUCGAACAAGAAGCACCUGAUAAAUAUUUGGCUGGGACUCUUCAUACAACACAGAAAAUACACAACACUGCACGCGGAGACACAAUCAAGGAGCGCAUUUUUCGCUCAGAUUUCACUUUCCGACGUAAGGCGACUGAUCACAUUGGCCAUAUUUUAAGACACUUCCAGUAUGACGUCGCGCUCAUGCAUACCGUGCUGAACAAGCAUUUGAACACAAGAUUGUAUGUCCUAUUUUUGGACAGGUUGAAUAAGAUCAUGGGUGCCUACACGGACGACAGGGUGUUUUCACUCGAUUUGGUUGGUGCUGUCCUCCGGCAAGCCUCGUUUGUGAAGCGUAUGGUCGACCUUGAGUGGACCGAGCCAGGAUAUUUCGCGAACGAGGUGGACGCAGUGGCACUGCAACAUUGCGUAGCUCGGUAUCAUGCGUAUGUGCAUGCUUCUUUUUUUCUACGAACCGCACAAGAACAUUGCCCUGUGGCAGUUGGACUGAGAAACAAGGUACCUUAG